AUGGCCGCAUUCCAAGCUUCCUCUCUCUUAGUUUCUUCUUCUUCCUCCUCCUCAUCGGGUUGUUCUUCGAAGCGAACGAUCACUGCUUCAAUCCAAUUCCUGAAGCCCUCAAAACUCAGGCUCGUAGGUGAUCCAAGUACCGUGAUCACGAAGAAGCUACUCGAGGAUUUGAGCAACAGGAAUGGUUAUGCCUUCACAGAGACACUCCAAAUGGAUGUCAACCGGACAGACAGGCGUUUGGAGCUGCGCCUAUCGCCUACUUCUUCUAUUGAAAUGACGAAGAAGCUCUAUGCGAUCCUGGAGGCUGUCAAAGAUAGAGUGGAGAUGCACGAUAACAUUGGCGCACAGCGAGACAACUGGAAUAAGCUCCUGUUGAAAUCAGUCAACAUGAUGACUCUCACUGCCACCACCAUGGCUGCGAUGGCUGCAGCUACGCCGGCUCCAUCGCUGAGAGUAUGCUCCGCUCUCUUGUUUACAGCGGCCACUGGUAUGUCGCUCAUCAUGAGCAAAAUCCAGCCCUCACAGCUGGCUGAAGAGCAACGCAAUGCCUCGAGGUUGUUCAAGCAGCUCCGGAGUCAGAUCGAGUCAAUGCUCGCGCUCCAAUCUCCGACUGAAGCAGACGUGAAGGAGAUGACGGAAAAGGUGCUGGCCCUUGAUAGGGCUUAUCCACUGCCUUUGCUUGGAGCGAUGCUUGAGAAGUUCCCCGCAAAAUUUGAGCCCGCCGCAUGGUGGCCUAGGGUUUCCAACAACAGCGACCAAUCCCGAGAGGGGAAAACUUUCGCAAACAGUGAGCGAAAUGGAUGGAGCAGGGACCUAGAAGUGGAGAUGAGAGCCAUCGUCCAAGUCCUCAAGAACAAAGAUAAGCAAGACUACUUGAGGCUCGGGAAUCUGGCGCUAAAAUUGAAUAAGAUGUUGGCGGUUUCCCCUCCUUUGCUAACCAGCAUCGCUGCGGCUGGCUCAGCCUUUGGUGGCUCGGCGGCCACCACUGUGGCAGCCAUCGCCGGUGCAAUGGCAGCGAUCAUCAACAGCUUCGAGCAUGGAAGCCAGGUUGGUAUGGUCGUGGAGAUGUACAGAAACUGCGCAGGGUUCUUCGAUCUCAUGGAAGAGACGAUGGAAGCAACCCUUGAAGAGCGAGACUAUAGCAAGAGAGAGAAUGGAGAGAUGUUCGAGAUGAAGGUGGCGAUGAAGCUGGGGCGGAGCUUGUCGGAACUCCGAGAUUUAGCAAGAAAAUCAAUGGCUUCUUGUAUAGAAGGGACCGAGGUGGAUGAGUUUGGAAGCAAGCUUUUCUGA